AUGUACGCGUUGGUAGUGUCCGUGGCGCUGGCCUGCAUACUGCAGGUCGCGCAUGCAAGCCCGGACUUUGGCAUCCAGGGUACGAUCGGAGGUGUGGUGAAGAUCAACGCGCGCGCCGUGCUGGCGAAGGAACACUUUCUGCGCGUGGAUGACUACAUCAUACCGACCCAGAAGAGUGAUAUCAGCAAGCUGCGCGAUGCGGCAGUGAUAUUGCAGGCCAUCGGACUGCAGGUGAACACGCUCGGUCCGGCCUUGAUAGAUGCGCUGACGACAGCGUCGGAUGACGAUAGUGGUAAUGUCGAGAAAACGUUCUCACUGAUCACGAUGGCACGGAUAACGUUUGAGGACUACAUCAAUGUUGUGCUGGAGGAGCAGAUACACAAUCUCGAGACACUGCUCGGUCUGUACGUGCGCGACCAGCUGGUGGAUGACUUCUUCCACAUCUCGGCGCGCCUGACAGCGCUGGAAGCGACACUCACGGUGCUGCAGAAAGCCGCCCAGGAUGCGCAAACCGCGGCCAACGGUGGUCCAGUGUCCGAUACGCUCGUACGCCAGUUCAUCAAUGCCGAUCUGGUCGCCGAGUUGACGCGCCACCUGACGCUGCUAGCGUAUCGCAUUCCCGUACUGACGUACACGAUUACCUCCUCGCUGGAGAACAUCCAACAGGCGGAUGAAUACUACUACGGGCUGCGGCUGGCUUCGGACCGCGUGCUGGACGAGAUUGACGCAUCCGGUAAAGACUUUUACGACAAUACGGUUGCAUAUUCGAAGCCCGUGGAGGAUGCCAUGAACGCGCUUAUCUCGGACUACGCUAGCGACCUCGACUUGGCCACAGCGAGCGCCACCGAGUACAAUGUGGCGGAUCUGACGACAGCCAUCGGUGGGCUGAAAACAGUACAGAACACCAAGCUGGCGGCCACCCUCAAGGCGUACAAGGAUCUGUACGUGCCGCGCAUUCUCGAACUCUCCAAGCUGCUACCGAUCGAGUCCAACUUCUCCUUCCUGGCGGGCGAAAACCCAGCCGCCGUACUGGUGGGCGUGUUGAUUGCCAACGGGCCCUUUUCGCGCUUCUGCUUCUGGAAGUACGCCAGCCUACUGCACAACAUUCUGCUGACGUCGAACUUUGCCAGCGAGUGUUACGAUCGCGAGUACAAUCGGCUGCAGUCACUGCAGCAAGCACUGCUGCUGGAGAUCGAAAUGAUCUCCUUCAAUCAGGAGAUUAUCUAUCCGUACACGAGCGCGUGCCACUUUUUGCCCGCGUCCGCUUCCACCCGCGUUGGACCAUGUGCGACGGAGCUUGCCGCUUACUUUACCGUCAUUUCGACCGAGUACGAUGCAAAACUGGCUGCCUUCACAAAGUUGGCCGAAAUUGAGCUGAACGCCAGCAAGGAGCGGCUGAGCGUUUGCUGGUCGUCGAAGGUACAGCAAAUACUGGUCAAGUAUAAAACGAUUGUGCCAGAAAUUUUGAAAUGUGCUGAUAGUGGACCUGUAGUAUAG